AUCCUGUUACUUUCUUGUUAAACAUCUACUACAUACACUCGAUCGAGCUCGAAACAACAUAAAUUUGCUUGCUUAUUACUGUUUAAGGAGACAUUAAUGGCUCAGCUUCACAGGGUAGGAGGGCAAAUUGAGCUCAAAUGUCAAGCUGAAAAGUUCUUUGAUGUUUGGGCUCAUAAAAUAUACUUGGUGCAAAAUAUGUGCCCUAGUAAAGUUCAAAAAACUGUGCUGAAUCAUGGGGAGUGGCAUAAGACUGGUGCUGUCUUGACCGGAGAUUAUCUUAUCAAUAAUAUUGGUGAAUGUGCAUCCAUCAAGACAAGGGUAGACGAGAUAGAUGAACAAAACAAGUCAGUGACACAUAGUUAUCAUGAAGGUUAUAUCAUGGAGAACUACUACAAAACCUUUUACUCGACGAUGCAAGCAAUUCCAAAGGGUGAAAAUAAGGGUUGCAUUAUCAAGUGGAGCUUUGUGUACGAGAAGAUGAAUAAAGAUGCUCCUGAAGCAACCGUGUACGUCGAUUUUAUGCUUGCCAUGGCUAAAGAUAUUGAUGCUUAUCUUUGCAGGGGUUGAUGAUUAUAUCGUCCAACAUUUAUGCAUCAAUUCAUCAUAUCGUAUAAUUUUUGUCGAUUAUUGUGUCGUUUUAAUUUACAUAUAGUUGUUGUGUUACUUCUUAGCAUCAAUAAAAAGGCCAUGUCAUAUGGCAUAGAGUGUAUGUACCGUCUUGCAGAUGGGAUUAAGUAGAUGUCGAUUGUUAAUGGUUGUUGGAACCUCUUUUGAUUUGUUUUAUGCGUCAUAUGUUUGUUACUAGUACAUCAAUUUUUCUAGUUACUCGUCAUUUACUAGUUUUUAAAGAUUAAAGGUAAGGUACCCAAUGACGAACAAGGUUUUAUGUA